CGGCCGACCGGCGACGGAGUGCCCUUUGCCGUGUGUCGAUCACAUUCAGCCGGUCACGUCUGCUCUUCGGGCAUCCACUCGCACUCGUCACCCGUGAAGAGGAACUCGUUCGAGACGUCUAAACUGUUCGCAGUACAGUUUGCCAUUUGUCGAAAAGCUCCGCCUACAGACACUUCUACUCACUCGCCAACACACUACUGCUGUUCUUCCCAGCGAUGGACAGCAACAACAACAACGACACGUUGGUUCUUAACGCUGACUGGCGCCUCAGCAUCAUCGCUGCUUCCCAUUGUGUUCGACUGUUGCUCAAUGAUGGUUACCGAGUGCGAGGCACAGUCAAACCAAUCAAACAGCUGCAGCAAGGAGAUCGUCUCGAAUUGGUGGAGGCCGAUUUACUCAAGGAAGAUUGCUGGAAGAGUGUGGUUAGCGGCUGCGAUUACGUCCUUCACAUCGCGUCACCAUUUCCGAUCGUCUCCGAUGCCACCUGCGUGGACAUUGCUGUCACAGGCACUCUCAACGUUCUACGAGCUGUUUCAAAAGAACCAGCGUGAAGAAAAGUUGUCCUCACAAGCAGUUGUGCUGCUGUUAACGAAGGUCAUCCACAGGAUCGAGCAUUUGACGAGACGUCGUGGACAGAUGUCGACAGCCCACAGAUUCAAACUGACAUGCUUGAAUCCGACGUUUGUCGUAGGCCCUCUUCUAAUUGAUGAGGAAGGCUCCAGUGUAUCGGUGAGUAGCAUUUAUUCCUCAAAAAAAUUUGACAAAUACAAUGACCCAGAAGUUGUGGAUUCCUAUCUAGGCAAA